UUAAUAUGUUGGAACUGAUUUGCACAUAACACCAUCUAUUCAUUAAAAACAUUUAAAAUGCAAUCAAUUGUUCUUAAUUUUGAACUUUUUGGUAUUUAUGGUUUGCCUUUCUUUUGCUUUUCUAUACAAUUAUGUUUUAGAAAGUCAUGUUUAACACAUAGCUUGUGCUAUUGCUAGCCAGUUGGUUAACUGCAAGAGUUUCAUUGGGCUACUUUGAAACAUCCAGUUUUACUGUUUUCAUUCAAAUCCAUCAUGUUUUCACUACACAAGCUAUUUGUUGAGCUUAACAUUAAGAAACCCCUUUUCCAGUAUGUAAAACCACUGUAAUUCCAACCCAAGAUAAAACGUGUCCCAUCAUACAAAGUCAAAUGCCCCAGAAAUGCAUGCACACAUGCACAAAGGCUCAUCCUGUGUAGGGAUAAUGAUAAGGCAGGGGUCCCGUCUUGACGGAAUCUAUGAAGUACGGCUGUUAAAAUGCAGAUGUUUUGCCUUCUCACACAUGGCACUCAUAUUCACAAAGCCUCAAGGCACAAAACACAGCAUAACAUGUAAGUGAGGCAUAGACAAAGCUUCACUGUAUACUGGCUUUGCACUGAAGGCUUUGGGCUGUGCAACUGUAUUCAUUUGUUGGAAUGUGAUUUAUUGUAUAAAUACUGUAAAAACGGCUGUACGGGGCACAUUAUAUAAGGGGCAAAAAACACAGAGGCUACACCGACAGGAAACUCGUAGUCACAAUGAAAGGUUGGAUUUUACUGCUGAUGUUGGCAAGGCUUGUCGAUUUUUCCAUGACACAAUCGACCAACUCUUUGACCUGGCUAAGUUAUCUGCGCAACCGAGCCUACAGUCACGGUUAUGGCCGAAGUCACAAUAACAACCAUGCCUCUCUAAGAGCAGAGGAUGAUGAUGAACCUCCUGUGCUGGACUGUCCUUUGGAGUGCGACUGCCCUCCAUCCUACCCCAGUGCGAUGUACUGCAACAACCGUAAGCUGCAACAUGUCCCGUUUGUCCCAUCUCAUAUCAAGUAUGUAUACCUGCAAAAUAACCAGAUCACGACCAUCACAAAUGGAGUCUUUGAUAAUGCUCCAAAUUUAGCCUGGAUCUGCCUACACACAAAUAAACUGAGCUCUGACAAGAUUGGUGACAAAGUCUUCACCAAACUACCAAACCUAAAGCGCCUCUUUUUACACAACAACAACCUCAGUCGGGUUCCACAGGAUUUACCACGUUCCCUAAGAGAUCUACACAUUAAUCACAACAAUAUCUCAAAGAUCCCGGUUGAAUCUUUCCAUGGAAUGAUCAAUCUGACGGCCCUGCAUCUCCAAGUGAAUGCCAUUGAAGACCUCGGCAAUGCACUUGAGGGUCUGCAUUCGUUGACCCUGUUAGACUUAAGAGGUAACCGACUGAAGAAGACUCCAGAAAGCCUGCCGCCAAUGCUGAGCCAACUCUACCUCGAGUAUAAUCGCAUAUCCAGCGUUCCUGCUGAUUUUCUGAGUCAGCUGCCUGAGCUGCGCUUCGUACGCCUGUCCCACAACCAGCUCACCAAUGGGGGAAUUCCAACCAACGCUUUCAAUGUAAGCACACUCAUGGAGCUCGAUUUGUCCUUCAACAAGUUGGAGAGGAUUCCCACUAUCAGCACCAGUCUGGAGAAUCUGUAUCUCCAGGCCAACAAGAUCAAAGAAUUUUCAGUGAGCAGUUUCUGCAGAGUUGUGGAUAAAAACAAUUACUCUAAUCUGCGUGUGCUGCGUCUGGAUGCCAAUGAAAUCAGAGCCCAAGACAUACCGACUGAAGCUGUACUCUGUCUGCGCUUGGCAACCAACAUUGACGUGUAGGCCUGACAGAAACACAUCCACAGAAACCUACUGUCGAGCAUGAGCUUAUAGGGAGAGAGAGAGAGAAACAGAGAGAGGGACAACAUCUUGGAGAUUUAGGAAAGUUUAGUUAUUUGUAUUGUCUACUUGACAGUAAAAUUAUUGUGGAGGUUGUAAUUAAGCAAAUUAGCCACAUAUGAUUAGCAAUAUCAACAAAAAAUAUGUUAGGAUAAUAAUUUUAACAUAAUUAAAACAUCUGAUGUUUCUGUAACAAGCCUGAAAAUGUUUAUAUUUUGAAGUCAAUGUGAUUUUUAAUUUACUGAAUCAAUAAGAACAUAAAUUAAUGGAAGACCUGUUCUAGUACAGAAUAAAACA